CCGCCCCACUCAUUGCAGGACGUCACCAGGACUGCAGGGGCCUGAGCCGCUGCCUCUGCCACCGCCGCCGCCGCUGCCGCUGCUACCGCGCAGCCCCACAUCUACACACCGGGGACCCCGUCGCCGCCGCAGCCAAAAGAGUCGCCGCAGCUAGGGUUGUCACUGCAUCGGUGCAGAGCAAGAUGGCGUCUGCCACAGACUCGCGUUAUGGACAGAAGGAGUCCUCCGACCAGAACUUCGACUACAUGUUCAAGAUCCUCAUCAUUGGCAACAGUAGCGUGGGCAAGACGUCCUUCCUGUUCCGCUAUGCAGACGACUCCUUCACGCCUGCUUUUGUCAGUACCGUGGGCAUUGACUUCAAGGUCAAGACCAUCUACCGCAACGACAAGAGGAUCAAGCUGCAGAUCUGGGACACGGCAGGGCAGGAACGGUACCGGACCAUCACGACGGCCUACUACCGGGGUGCCAUGGGCUUUAUUCUUAUGUAUGACAUCACCAACGAGGAGUCCUUCAAUGCUGUGCAGGACUGGUCCACCCAGAUCAAGACCUAUUCAUGGGACAAUGCACAGGUGCUGUUGGUGGGGAACAAGUGUGACAUGGAGGAUGAGCGAGUGGUGUCAUCAGAGCGUGGCCGACAGCUGGCCGACCACCUAGGGUUUGAGUUCUUUGAGGCGAGCGCCAAGGACAACAUCAACGUCAAGCAAACCUUUGAGCGCCUAGUUGAUGUCAUCUGUGAGAAGAUGUCCGAGUCACUGGACACAGCUGACCCUGCAGUCACGGGUGCCAAGCAGGGCCCACAGCUUACGGACCAGCAGGCCCCCCCACACCAGGACUGUGCCUGCUGAGAGCUCCCCCAUCCUUCCCUGCCCCCCCCCCCAGCUACUCCCAUGGGCCUGA